AUGUCGUCGCCGCGAGCACUAACGGCGCUGGCGCGCUCGCGGCCUACCUACUCCCUCCUCAUCGCCGCCACCGGUCGCACCUCCUCCUUCUCUCUGGCUUUCUCGACCGUCGCGCGGAGGCAAAAGCCAGCAGUCGAAGGCCCACCACCCGCCAACUUCAGGAUAACACCGCCACCGAGAUACAAUGAGCAGAAGGAGAGCGUGUGGGAUCAGGCGGGCAAAUACUUCCUCCUCACGGAAAUGGCGAGAGGAAUGUACGUGCUACUAGAGCAGUUCUUCCGACCACCAUACACAAUCUACUACCCCUUCGAAAAAGGCCCCAUCUCGCCCCGCUUCCGUGGCGAACACGCCCUAAGACGAUACCCAACGGGCGAAGAGCGCUGCAUCGCCUGCAAGCUCUGCGAAGCCAUCUGCCCCGCCCAAGCCAUCACAAUCGAAGCGGAAGAGCGCGAAGACGGAAGCAGGAGAACAACACGGUACGACAUCGAUAUGACCAAGUGCAUCUACUGCGGGUUCUGCCAGGAGUCGUGUCCCGUGGAUGCGAUUGUGGAGUCGCCGAAUGCUGAGUAUGCGAUGGAGACGAGGGAGGAGCUGUUAUACAAUAAGGAGAAGUUACUUUCGAAUGGUGAUAAGUGGGAGCCGGAGUUGGCGGCGGUGGCGAGGGCGGAUGCGCCGUAUAGAUGA